AUGCAUGAAGAGGCAUCUGGUGUUGAAAUGUCCACUGUGUUGCGGCAUUUGUUCACGACAAUCUUAAUCUUUUGUAAGCCUAGCAACCCUCUAGCCUUGUGGCAUCAGUUCUACAGAAACCUUUCUGAAGACUUUGUGCGUAGGUUCUCCCAAGAGAAGGAAAAGAUUGCACUACUUACUAUAAAAGCAAUUGAACGGCUCCUUGAGGAUAUGGGGAAAACUUUGGAAGAUUUUGACCUCGAUGAUGAGUACAAAGAAGUACGAGUACAUUUGAACUGCAAGCAACAAGAGGCAUUUGAUUCUAUUAUGGAUUACAUUCGAACAAGCAAAGCUGCCGCCUUUUUUGUAGACGGGCCAGGAGGGACGGGGAAGACAUACCUGUAUCAAGCACUCUAUGUAGAAGUCCGCUUGAUGAACAAAAUUGUUCUCCCUGUAGUAACGUCGGGUAUUGCUGCAGCAAACAUAGUCACUGGUCGAACUGCUCAUUCUCGGUUUAAAAUACCUCUUAAUCACAUUGUUUCGAAGGCAUGCAACGUGUCUAAGCAAAGCGGACUUGCAGCGCUUUUAAAAGAAACUUGCUUGAUAAUUUGGGAUGAGUCUUCAAUGACUCAGAAGGAGAACACAGAAUCGUUAGAUUUACUAUUGCGAGACUUAUGUGACCCCAAUGUUCCAUUUGAAGGUAAAGUUGUCGUCUUUGGCGGUGAUUUCCGUCAAGUUUUGCCAGUUGUGCCGCAAAAAAUUCAGGAUGAGGUUGUUGAAGCUAGCCUUGUGUCAUCUACCCUAUGGCCCACAUUUAUCUGUUUCAGCCUAACUGAAAAUAUGCGUGCCCGAGAAGACCAACAAUUUUCUGAAUUUUUACUUGACCUUGGGAAUGGGUGCCUCCAAACUGCUGAAGUUGCAUUUGUUCAAAUACCGCCACAGAUUGUUCUCCCGUUUGAUGCGAACCCCAAUUGUUUGAGUGAGGUUAUGAGAAGUGUCUUCCCAGAGAUCAAUGUAGGGGCUUAUCCUGACAACUUUUUCAUAGAUCAGCCAAUUUUAACGCCUAUGAAUGAAGAUGUUGGUGGGCUAAACAACGAUUUUAUUACAAAAUUUCCUGGAGAGGUAAAUGUCUACAAGAGUUUUGAUAUGAUUCUUGAUGAUGCAUGUAACAUGUACCCAUCAGAAUUCCUUAACACCCUAUGUCCAAGCGGCAUGAUCCCACAUGAAUUAGUCUUGAAAGAAAACAGCCUAGUUAUUCUGCUGCGUAACCUUACUCCCCUGAUGGCCUGUGCAAUGGGUAACACAAUGUGUGGAGCGCUGUUUGAGAAUCAGAUUGAGGAAUAUGAAUAUGUCUUCAAGAGCACCCACGAGUACGAGAUUGCAAAUGCACCUCUAAAAGCAGUGUUGUGUCGCUACGCUACUUGA